AUGGAAGUGGUUACCUGGACAGUGCGCCAGAAAGCUAGACCAGCUCGCAAUGGAACUACCAAUUCGAUGGAGAAAUCUCUCAUGAACCUUGAAGAAACGGGCUUCUUAGACGAUUGGGCGAUCCAAGACUGGAGCAGAGAAGGAUCGCAGCUUUUCCCAAUCCCUAUACGCAACUAUUAUGAAAACGUUUUCGUCCUCAAAGAUACAACCAACAACGCUACUGACACGACCUACCUAGCUCUUCGUACCCAGAGAUUACAUAACCAUACCUCCACUGCGGAGAUCGAAACAUACUCCCAUGAUUACUUUCACUGCUCUUUUCGCGUUCGGAUGCGUCUUCAUGCUGGGCGUGCUGCUGAUGAGGAUGGAGCUGAAAACGACGGCCGAGGCGGGGGCUAUAACCAGGAUUUAGACGAAUAUUAUGAGUGGUCUGCGGGUCGCAAUCGUUCAAAACUGAAUCCUAAUAAUUUCCGCUUGCGCCCGCCCCCCUCCGGAGCUGUAGCUGGGAUUUUCACGUAUCACUCAGUCAACAUUGAAUCCGACAUCGAAAUAUUAACAGCCGAUCCUCACACGCAUAUCCACUAUGCCAACCAGCCAGAUUGGGAUCCCUUAACUGACCUGGAAAUACCAGGGGCUGCCACAAUCGUUCAGUUGCCUGUUCCUUGGACAAGCUGGGCAACCCACCGUCUUGACUGGUUUCCGAACAUGACGCGUUGGUAUCUCAAUAACGAUCUCCAAGCUGAGAAUGAUUAUCGUGUUCCCGAUAAGCCGAGUAUGCUUGCUCUAAAUCUGUGGAGUGAUGGCGGCGAAUGGUCUGGGAAUAUGACAAUAGGUUCAAGUGUGCUCAUGGGCGUCGAAUGGGUCGAAGUUGCUUAUAACAUCUCGGACAUUGACGAUGAAUUAUAUGAUGCGUUUAACCGGUCUCGUCAUGCUGGACACUCUGGAACUUCUGGGAAUAGCCAUCCCAAACGAAUUUUGGAAGACGAGAUCGGAGACAGGUUAAAGUUCCCCAGAAAAAAGCUUGAAUAUGACGACAAUGGCAACGACGACAUGAUCAAGGAACAACCUCAAUGCCGGGUCGGGUGUCGAAUUGACGAUGUGGAAACCGUCGGAGUGCCGGAAAUCUUGUGGGAUUUUUAUUAA